AGUCAUCAUGGCAGCAAAGCACGCUUUUCUUCUGUUCGUGUUUAUAUCAAACACGGUUGUUGGAUUUAGAUGGAAUGAAUGGUGGAAGGACACGAUCGUGUACCAGAUCUACCCGCGUUCCUUCAUGGACUCAGACGGUGAUGGUGUGGGGGAUCUGGCUGGUAUCACGUCCCGUCUGGAGUACUUCAACGACAUUGGGGUAGGCACCAUAUGGUUGAAUCCCGUCUACAAGUCGCCCAUGGCCGACUUUGGCUAUGAUGUGGCUGACUUCAAAGAUAUAGAUCCCAUAUUUGGUACCAUGGCUGAUUUCGAUGAGCUGAUCAGUAAGGCACACCGGCUUGGCCUUAAACUCGUGAUGGAUUUUGUGCCCAAUCACACCAGCGAUCAGCAUCCGUGGUUUGUCGAGAGCAAGAAAAACAAAGACAGCACCAACCGAUACAGAGAUUACUACGUGUGGGUAGACCCGAAGAAAAAUUGUUCUGAUCCACCAGAGAAAUGCAUUCCGAAUAACUGGGUGGGUCUGCUAGGAGGUACAGUAUGGGAGUGGGUACCAGAGAGACAACAGUUCUAUCUUCAUCAGUUCCUCAAAAAGCAGCCGGAUCUGAACCACCGUGAUCCCGCUGUUCAAUUGGAGAUAAUAGGCGUCCUACAAUUCUGGCUAGAAAAAGGCGUAGACGGUAUUCGGGUGGAUGCAAUCAGACACAUUUACGAAAGCGAAGACCUGGAGGACGAACCAAUAAACCCCGACUACACGCCGAUACCAGGCGAGCGACCCCAGUAUCACAGCCUUAUCCACAACAAAACGGCUGAUCUCCCCGAGGUACACGAAUUAAUGUACGUGUGGCGAAGAGUCUUGGACAAGUACAGCGGGGAACCAAACUACCGUUUCAUGGCAACGGAGACUUACGAUACUCAUAAGGCACUCCUCCCAUACUACGGAACCCCGGAACGACCUGAAGCAGAUUUUCCCUUCAACUAUGUCUUGACUCAACUGAAGAGGGAGAACCUCUCUGGGACAAAAAUAUUCGAGCUGGUCAAUGAUUGGAUGAAAGACUUGCCGUCGGGUAAAUGGCCAAACUGGAUCAUCUGUAACCACGACAAUUUUCGUAUCCCUCAUCGUAUAGGGGCCAACUACGCUCGAGCCUUAAACGUUCUUGAGCUCCUUCUCCCCGGAACUCCCAAAACCUACUAUGGUGAUGAGAUAGCUAUGGGGGACAUCUGGGUCACUUACAACGAAAGCCGGGAUCCGUUUGCCAAAAACAACCCCAACCAUUGGAAGGAGUACACGCGAGACCCCGAACGUUCUCCAAUGCAAUGGGACAGGUCAUCUCAUGCUGGCUUCAGCACCACUAUCGGAGAUACAUGGCUUCCUGUCAACCAGAACUAUCUCUCAGGAAUCAACGUUGCUGACCAAAAGGCAGAUAACACCUCCGCGUUGGCACUCUACACGAAAUUAGCAGCACUCCGGAAAGACGCGCCCGCCUUCCAAACCAACCACCUCAAGUACGUCGUCGUGACUGAAAAGAUCUUCUCCUUCCUUCGCAUACCUGAUACACCGGGCCUUAAUUCCUUCCUAAUCAUUGUCAACGCUGGUACUUCUGAGUCGACUGAUGACUACUCCGCUGCUUUAGAGGAGAUGAUGUUGAAAGCCGAGGGCGACACGGGGGUCAUUGAAGUCAGUAGCAAUAUGGAUCGUAACGGGAACCUGCAGGAGAUGAAUGGAAUCUCUCUAGCAGCAGGAGAGGCACUUGUCAUCAAGUUGCUAAUUUGAUUUUAAUUUGAAUAUUUUGCUCCUUUCUUUCCGUCGCAGUUUUGGUUUUUAAAUAAAGGGUUUAAGGGGUAUUUUGUUCUGAGCUGAAAAGGCCAGCAUGAGGUCACAAAACACUAGGCAGAAAUUAACAACUGAAUGGGAGGUCUGUAUUCUACAAUGAGCAUUAUGGAUGCUUGAAGUAAUUGUGAUUCAAUGAUGCCAAGGAUGAGAAAUCAGUCGAAAGGAUGUACGAGACAAAAUAAACUCAAGUAUUUAAAUACGUUCAUCUGGAUUGUUGGUGAAACAUAUGUUAGGCGAUUCGGUUUUUUUUCCAAUCCAAAAACGUGAAGUUGUUACUCAGUAAAGAACACUCAAUAAAGAAGACGGGGCAUACAAGCUGUAUGACCAACUUGUCCAAGCCACGCCCGCUUACGCCCUCUGUGACGACCAAGAAAGGGUAUAAAAGGCAGUUGAGCAUUGGACAUGGUUGCCAGUCUGACGAAGCUCCUAGUUUAGGAGUGAAACGUAACUACUAAAAAUAUCGUAACAUCUUCACGUUUUUGGAUUGGAAAAAAACGAAUCUUCUAACUCAUAAACUCAAGUAUAUCAUCAGGAUCCACAACCUUAAAAAGCAUCUUGCGGGAGGAAAA